GAGAGAGAGAGAGAGAGAAGAGAGACAGAGAGAGACAGAGAGAGAGAGAGAGAGAGAGAGAGAGAGGAGCGCACCACAAAGUUUGAGGCUGCAGCUGUUCGGACACACAGGACACCUGAUCAGGUGGGGAGUAGAAAGAAUCUGAAACCAGGAUGUCAUGUCUGCUGAAGAGUCUGCAUUCAAUAGACUGAAGAUCAAAGUGGAUAAAAAGCCUCUUUUCUUUCUUGACUGACGACGUAACAGGACGUCUCAGAAGAGUCUUUUUUAUUCUUGUUUGAAAACCUUUCGACAGCUCUGACCCACUUAUCACUCCAAACAUCGCAUUUAGCAAAGGUGAUGCACUGUUUUAUAUUCAGGGCCACUGACCUCCUGGUCUAAUUAACAACACACACACACACACACACACACACACACACACACACACACACACACACACACACACACACACACACACACACACACACACACACAAUGUACGCAGACUCACUAUAAACAACAUUACAGUGUCACUCGAAUAAGAAAGCCAUCAAGCUUCAUUACACUGUUUAGUCACAAAAUGUGUGGCUCUAAAAGGUAGUCCACGUUAAUUAAAAAGUGUGUGUGUGUGUAUGUGUGCCACAUUGUCGGAGCAGAUGAGGGACAGGCCUCUCCUGAUCAUGUCACUUUGACUGACCUAGAUUUGUCCAAACAAUAAAAUUGGCAGCAGAGGAAGACGUGUGUGUGUGUGUGUGCAAGUGAUCAGAAAACACAUCUGAGAUAAAAACACUCGCUGACCUUGAGGAUUGCUCUGCAGUCUCCCUUCUUGUCCCUCUCGAACAAACUUCUUUGGCUCUUCACCCAACAAACAGUGAAUACAAUACAAAACUUGCAAGCAGAAUCAAACUUCCAGUGUCCAGUUUGACCUUGUUCCACACCUCAUGAACACCUUCCCUUCCUUCUCCAUAAAACCCACCAUCAAGUCAGUGUGUCAGCCCUGCCUACGGGCCCCGUGGAGGAUGAACGAUGUGCCCACACUUGACUACGAGUUGCUGCUGUCCCCGGCCAGCUCCUCCCUCCCCGGCAGCCCUGGCGGCGGCAGCAGCAGCCCCCCUCUGGCCUUGGUUGGCGUGGACAGUGAGCAGCGCACCGCCAUGGCCUUCGUAGGCCUCCUUAUGCUCUUCCUGGUCUUCCUGCUGGUCAGGUGCUUCAGGAUCCUGCUGGACCCCUACAGCCGCAUGCCUGCAUCAUCCUGGACUGACCACAAGGAGGGGAUGGAGAGGGGCCAGUUUGAUUACGCACUGGUGUAGGGUGACAGUCCCGAAUUACGAGCAGUCUGUCCAGUUUGUCCCUAAAAUUAGACUAAACAUGAGUUUUGAUAAGAUAUUGCAGAAUAAAACAUUAAAUGUCAGCUGCACACAGGCACAGUUAUAUACGUAGUGUUUAUAAAUGAUGCAAUUCCAGUUUCUUUUAGCCGUGUACACAUUGAUAAACAACUACGCAUGGCUAUGACGUUGUUGAAUUAAAACAUUUAUGGUUGGAAAUUAAAAACAUGGUGCCCCGGGACCUGGUGAACAUCCAGCCAAAAAGCAAAAAUGGAGCUACCAGGAGGAGUGGGGAGGGAAGUACCUGCCUUAUGAGAUCCAAAGCAUUUGCAAAGUCUGCAGGAAAGAAUACAAUUUACUACUGUUCGUUGACACUGAAUGUAAUGUAAAGGAGGCCACGCCCAACUGUCCCGAACGCUUCUCUGGUCACCCUACUGCAGGACGUUACGUAAGCAGAACACGUUGAACAACAUGCACACAGAUCACUGGAAGCCCUCUGAGCUAAACACCCAGAUGUUGGACCUUGAAGGACAGAAAUAAUGAGCUGCACAGCUGCCUUAACCUGAACCUACUGUACCCGUCAACAUGCUACACCUUAGGGCUAGGUUUUCCAAAGCUCAGACCUUGCCAGUAUUAAAACAUGUUUUUGGGAGAUCACCUUCACUCACGACAUAGUUUAUAACCGCAAAGCUACAUUUUUAACGAUAACUCUCAACACAAGCAGAACUUAAAGGGGACAUAUGAUGCAGUGUUUGUGCACAGACAUGUGGGUCUCUGGAGUGAGGGUUAGGGUUAGUGUCUCCCCUUCCUGUGUCACAUGCAGGAUUAUUAGAAUAUAUCUGAGGAUCUCCACCCACGUGUGAGAACUACUUUUGCAGUUUUUCUCGCAAGCCAAUCAGAGCAGACUGGGCUUUUUUGGGAGGGGGAGGCUUAAAGAGACAGGCGCUAAAACUGUGUUUCAGACAGACGAUGAAUACAGGUAUAUUCAGACUGUAUAAAGUGUUUUUUAACAUUAAAGUAUGUUCUAGUAGAAACCCCAAAUACAAGUACGAACCUUAAAAAAAAAAAAAAAAGGGCAUGAUAUGUCCCCUUUAAAUGAAGGAGUUUACACAUAAGCAGAUGCCCCUUUAAUGAACUAAUGUUUAUUCUGCUGAUCAAGGAGUGCUCACUUUUCUUAUGUGGACAAUGAUCCUGGAGCAGCGCUGCAGUUUCAGACGCUUUUUAAGCAGGUAGUUUGUGUCUCCAUGAAUAAUGUUUUGUGUUUAACUGUGUCUGUAACUGAGAAGCCAUAUUGAAACUAUAAUAUAUUAUUACAGCGAGUAGAGUUUAUGUUGUGUCCUGCAGCAACCUUUAGGCAAAAUAAAGCUUUAUUUUUCUAUUCUUGA